AAGCAGAAAAUCCUCAUACGCCUGCGCACCUCGGGCCCUCAGCCUGCCGGUGAGGUACCCACGACGCCAUGGCCCGCAUCCUAGACCUGGUGCCCUGGGAAGAUGGCUCCACGCACGUGUACGCGUCCCCGGCCAUCCUGCUGCCCAUGGGGCGGCAGCGCAACCAGCUGGCCAGUGUGAAGCAGCAGCUCUACCACCCAGCCCUGCCCAGCCUGCGCCGCAUGGACAUGGACUCCGUCAGGGCCUGCCUCUCCGACGAGCACUGCCAGUCCACCACCUACUGCUGCAAAGAUGACUUUGACAACGCCCACUUCACGCUGCUCGGUGUUCCCAACAAACCCCUGCAGAGCUUGGACAUCACGGCCACUGGCCAGAGGGUCCGAAACAGGUGCCGCGAGGGAAAGCUAGCGCCCAUCGCGCCAGGCAUCAGCCAGGUCGACUGGCCCCGCUUCACGCGCGCCAUCGAAGACUGGUCCCGCUUCGUGUCCUCUGCUGGCGAGUUCAGGCUGCCCUGCCUCGGCAAGAGGGUCGAGAGUUUCAGCGGUUACGCGGUGCGGUACCUGAAGCCGGAGGUGACCCAGAACUGGCGGUUCUGUCUUAACCAGAAUCCCAGCCUGGACCGCUAUGGACAGAAACCCCUGCCUUUCGACUCCCUUAAUGCUUUCCGACGCUUCUCCUCGAAGUACAGUCGUGUGAACUACCUGACCCCCUGGCAUUAAGUGAAAAGGAGUCGACCCCCAGGCUGCCAGACAGUGCCACCUCAAGGC